GCUUCUUGCAGAUGAGGUCAGGGUCAGGGUUGAGUGGAAGGACAGGAGCAGUGAUAGUUCUGCGUCUUCCUCCGACACGCUCCUCACUAGUCCUGGAGGGGUCGGUGGAGCCCAUGCAGAUCGAUGCCGACCCUCAGGAAGACCAGCAGAAUGCACCCGACACCAACUACGUUGUGGAGAAUCCAACCCUGGAUCUGGAGCAGUACGCAUCCAGCUACAGCGGGCUGAUGAGGAUCGAGCGGCUGCAGUUCAUCGCCGAUCACUGCCCCCAGUUACGCGUGGAAGCUCUGAAGAUGGCCUUGUCUUUUGUCCAAAGAACAUUUAACGUUGACGUUUACGAAGAGAUCCAUCGCAAGCUCACUGAAGCCACAAGGCAAGAGCAGCUCCUGGAAAUGCAGGGAGUACCAGACGCUGUUCCUGAAGGAGCAGUGGAGCCUCCUCCCCUCGACACAGCCUGGGCCGAAUCGACCCGGAAAAAAGCCCUGCUCAAACUGGAGAAACUCGACACCGACCUAAAGAACUACAAGGGAAACUCCAUCAAAGAAAGUAUCAGGAGGGGUCACGAUGAUCUCGGAGAUCAUUACCUGGACUGUGGUGACCUCAGCAACGCCCUGAAGUGUUACUCCCGAGCCAGAGACUACUGCACAAGCGCCAAGCACGUCAUCAACAUGUGUCUUAAUGUAAUCAAGGUUAGCGUUUACCUCCAAAACUGGUCUCAUGUACUUAGCUAUGUCAGCAAGGCUGAAUCCACUCCAGAGAUAGCAGAGCAACGAGGGGAGAGAGAUAGUCAAAACCAAGCUGUUCUCACCAAACUAAAAUGUGCUGCAGGAUUGGCAGAACUCGCCUCGAGAAAAUAUAAACCUGCUGCCAAGUGCUUCCUGCAGGCCUCUUUCGACCACUGCGACUUCCCAGAGCUUCUUUCCCCGAGUAACGUAGCAGUUUACGGAGGACUUUGUGCUUUGGCUACGUUCGAUAGGCAGGAGCUGCAGCGUAAUGUCAUCUCUAGCAGCUCCUUUAAGUUAUUUUUAGAGUUGGAACCCCAAGUGCGUGAUAUUAUCUUCAAGUUUUACGAGUCAAAGUACGCGUCCUGUCUGAAAAUGCUGGAUGAAAUGAAGGACAAUCUCCUUCUAGACAUGUAUCUGGCUCCACAUGUAAGAACACUGUACACACAGAUCAGGAACAGAGCCCUCAUACAGUACUUCAGUCCAUACGUAUCUGCAGAUAUGAAUAAGAUGGCGUUGGCGUUUAACACCACAGUGGCGGCACUGGAGGAUGAACUCACUCAGCUGAUCCUGGAGGGACUUAUCAACGCUCGUAUCGACUCUCACAGCAAGAUCCUGUACGCACGUGACGUGGAUCAGAGGAGCACUACGUUCGAGAAAUCGCUGCAGAUGGGGAAGGAGUUUCAGAGACGAACCAAAGCCAUGAUCCUGAGGGCAGCAGUACUACGUAACCAGAUCCAUGUUAAGUCUCCUCCGAGAGAAGGCAGCCAAGGUGAACUGACACCCGCCAACAGCCAAACACGAAUGAGCACCAACAUGUGAACGCUCGACUCGUCUCGUCUCGUCGCCUCUCGCGAAGGAGCGCACGGGGGCCCACAGAAGCAUCGUAGACCCUCAUCCUAGAGUUCAGUUCUGUUUCCCUGCUGAAGAAUGCAAAAAAAAUCACAAUCUAAAGACUUUAUUUAAGUUGGGGGGAGGAAAAAAAAAAAAAGGUGAGACCCGUCGUCCGUACUAAAGAUGCCGAGGAUACUCUGUUGCUCUGACGAUUAUACAAACAAAAUUCAAAAAUUAAGGGGGGAACGCGGGGAAGGGGAAGUGAAAUGGCACUUCCGCUGUACUGGCCUGUUUGUAAAGAGAUGCACUUUCCUCUGUAUCUUGUGACGAAAUGUUGAUUACACAUCAGAUAAAAGAGAAACCUCAUCACGGAACAUGCUUUUAAAAUAAAUAUACAUUGGAAAAGACUA